GUCCAGCGCCUGCCGGCCAGGCUCCGAGCCCGGAGCGGGGCGCUGCCGUGGGGACGCUGUUGGGUUUAUCUCGCUGGGGAAGGGGUUUAAGCCAAGCCCCGCAGUGCCGCUCCCGGGCUGCGGCAAGGGGGUGCCCGGGGUGGGGGCCGGGGUUGUGAGCGCGCCGGCGCUGUCCACGGGAACAGCCCCCACUCACACGAGUGGGUCCGCCCGGCCCGGGCCUGUCCCGUUGAUCCCAAUGGCCUGAUCAGAUACUCCGGCGUGUAGCUGUUCGCAGGCGCGGGCCCCGGGGUGUGGUGCAAUGGCUGGCGUUUGGUGGCGGGAUCCCUCGAGCCGGCCUUGGAGGAGCAGUAAACGGCUCUAGCAUGGACUCAAAAUGGACUUUUUGGCUCUCUUCAUAAUUUAUCUGCUAUUAGUUCUGGCUAGUGUUGUUCUAGUCUGCAUCUAUUCAGGAAGGAAACAGAGUUUUCCUGCAAGAGGCCUCAGUUGUAUAACUCAGGUAUCUUCAUUUGUAAUCCCAACACGGCUUCAAAGAGCAACACAGAGAGUGCUUCACAGGCUCUUCCACACACGAAGUUGUCUGUUCAUUGUCCUGCACUUAGCCUUACAAGUGGCAGUUUAUGGUGAAUACACUUGGGAAGUAUUUGGCUACUGCAAAGAGAUGGAGUUCAGCAUUCAUUACCUUCUGCUGCCAUAUUUGUUGCUGGCUGUGAAUAUGGGAUUUUUCAUUCUGUGCUCUGUGACCAACCCUGGUACAAUAACACAAUCAAAUCAGGAGUCAUUUCUUAAGGCUUAUGCAUAUGAUGGAGUAAUGUUUCAGAAAAGCACCAUGUGUCCUACAUGCAACGUGGAAAAGCCAGCCAGAUCUAAACACUGCAGUGUAUGUAACAACUGUGUACAUCGUUUUGAUCACCACUGUGUUUGGGUCAACAACUGCAUUGGUGCCUUCAAUACAAGAUAUUUUUUCAUUUACCUCUUCACUCUGACUGCCAUGGCUGCAAACCUUGCAAUCAUAACAGCAGCAUUUCUAAUCCAAGUAGUGCUGCUAUCAAAUAUAAUGCUUGGAAGUUACAUUGAUGAUCAGGGGCAAGAGCAUGCAGUUGAGAUUCUCUUUCUUAUUCAGCACCUGUUCCUGACGUUUCCUAGAAUUGUCUUCAUGCUUGGUUUUGUUAUUGUCCUAUCUCUGGUGCUGGGGGCGUAUUGCUGUUUCACUCUGUACCUGGCCCUGACUAACCAAACAUCCAAUGAAUGGUAUAAAUCGAGAAGAUAUGAAUGUUCUUGCUGUCAGGUGUUGCAACCCCAUGACAGGCACAUUGUUUACAGAAAUGUUUAUUCUCAAGGAGUUUGGGUCAAUUUAAAGGAAAUCUUUAAACCUCCUACAAGUUCAGAAAAAAAGAAAAAAACAUGAGGAAAUAGUUACAUGUUUUAAAAUCUAUAUUUAUUUUUUAAACUUUUCCCAAAGGAUUUAACUCCAUGAAGAGCUUUGUGCCAGCACCAAGGACCCUUGAAAUGAUACUGUGCUUUUCAUUAAGUGCUGUAGCUAAAGAGAUGUUUUUUUUUCUAAAUGACUCAAUUAUAAAAUAUAUUUUUAUAAAGCUGA